AUGCAAAUCCGCACAUUUCUUGUCUCGAAUGACGAAAAGCCAUGGGCAUAUCCUUUGCGCAUCCUCUUGACAGGAUAUGAUCGACGACGAAUGACACCUCAACUCCCACCCAACAAGAAUACAUUCUCUGGAUGGGGUCCAGAGACAGUUAAAAUAGCCGUGGAUUGUACUGGGACACCCUCGAAUUAUCCGGAAAAGAAAAGAUGGCAAGCAAAGGGGAAAGGUGAACCAAAAAACACUCAGAACCCUGAAUUGUUGCAACAAGAUGCACCAAUCAGACCAGGGAGAUGCACCACUGAGCUGGUUCCGAGAUUUUGUCGGGGAGAAUGA